AUGUCUUCCACGGAUAAAGUCAUGGUAGAUGCACCUUCUAUCCCAGACUCCGAGAUUAAAACACUAGGGUCCUCAGUUGUCGAGAUCUCUACUGUCGAGGGGAGGGAGACAAUAGUCAAUGUUCCUGAAGCGGAAGCACUCAUGUUUAUCGACUCCGAUUAUAAGAUCAUUGGGGAAGAGCAAGACGAUGAAGUCGAGGAUCAGAAAGUGACACCCAGCCCAGAGGUGGUAAAUCCCCGCGGUUACCAGCGAGAGAUGUUGGAACGGAGCCUCGAAAGGAAUGUCAUUGUCGCAAUGGACACAGGAAGCGGUAAAACGCAAGUGGCCGUAAUGCGUAUUCAACACGAACUCGACACAUGUGCACCAGACAAGAUCGUCUGGUUCUUAGGCAAGACAGUAUCGCUAUGUGAACAGCAACAUGGCGUUCUUCAAAGACAAAUGCCGUCCGUGUCUAUGAGACUGCUGACUGGGCAAUUAAACAUCGACACAUGGUCUGAGGAUGUCUGGCCCCGUAUCCUUCACGGGACUCGCGUUGUAGUCUCGACCUUUGACAUCCUGCGAGAUGCGCUGGACCAUGCAUUUGUCAAGAUAGACAUGCUGUCUCUUAUCGUGUUCGAUGAAGUUCACAAUUGCGUCAAGAAUAGCGGUGGUCGAAAGAUCAUGGUCAAUUUCUAUCACAGAUACAAGAGUGCUGGCAUGCCCGUGCCUGCUAUUCUGGGUUUAACAGCCAGCCCGGUGCAGUCGAGGUCGAAACACGAUGAAACCCGUGAGCUGGAAACCACCAUGGAUGCGAUAUGUGUCACCCCGACGGUUAAUCGGGAAGAGCUUUUCCGUCACGUCAAUAAGCCCGAUCUUUCCCGGGUAUUGUACGAUGUGGAAGAGAGUCCGACUCGAACCCCCUUGAUGCAGGCUCUGCAGUCUGAAUAUCGGGCAAUGGACAUCACAAAAGAUCCAAGUCUCACAAAGACCCGACAACUCAUCGCCAAGGGCCAGAAGACUGGGCCUGAAAUACUAUCUUUUUUGAUGAAACAGGAGACCUUCUCUCAGAAACAGCUAAAGGCAUUAUGGAACAAAAGCAAGGAUAUUCUUGGUGAACUUGGACCUUGGGCUGCCGACAGGUACAUCUCUGAGCUGGUCAAUAUAUUUCUACAAAGAGUCGACUCGCCACCGCCACCAACACUCAAAGAUGCCUGGACCAACGAGGAUAGAACCUACCUCGCAGGACACAUGAGACAGAUCGCUGCCAGUCCCCAUCAGCCCAAACUACCAACCACACACAACUUGGCCAAUAAGACGAACAAACUAAUUCAGGAACUGCUUAAAGCUGAUGAGGAUGCGGUCGGUAUCGUAUUCGUCAGAUCAAGAGCUGUUGCCAACGUCCUUUGCUCUUUAUUGAAAGAGCACCCCGAGGUUCAAAAGCGGUAUCGUGUUGGCUCAAUAGUGGGAACCUCAGCUACGAAGGUUCGGAAGCAAAACAUCUAUGAAUAUAUGCCUGGUUCAAGUACCGAGACGUUGCGCGACUUUAAAUCAGGCGCCAUCAAUCUUCUGGUUUCGACGAGUGUCCUCGAAGAGGGCAUUGACGUUGCGGCGUGCAACCUCGUCAUCUGUUUUGACGAGACAACCACCCUCAAAUCCCAUAUUCAACGCCGCGGACGGGCUCGCAAAAAGAAGUCAAAGAUGAUUGUACUUGUGAAAUCGACAUCUGGUGUUCGGGAGUGGGAUUCCCUGGAGGCUGAAAUGAAGAGUCGAUAUGAACAAGAAAGAGAGGAGUUGGACAGACUGGAGAUCGAGGCUCGCAUUGAAGAGACGAGCUCCAUUUUCUUGAUUGUACCAAACACAGGAGCUAGACUGGAUCUAGAGAACUCUCGCCAACACCUUGAACAUUUCUGCAGCAAGGUGUUUCAACGGGACUACGUGGAUCAAAGACCUGUUUACGUUUACCAAAAGACAGAACAGGGAACAGCGCCUCCGACUUUCAGCGCCACGGUCACUCUUCCGGCCGCUCUGCCUCGGCACCUUCGUAAGGUCCAGGGCAGAGGUGGAUGGAGAUCUGAAAAGAAUGCACAGAAAGAGGCAGCUUUCAUUGCAUUCGUUGGGUUGUACCAAGAAGGACUGAUUAGUGAUCACCUCCUUCCCCUUAACGUGGACCCGAAAGAAGCAGAAGAAGAGGUGCAACUCAUUAAACCCGAACUACUAUUCAACCCAUGGCAAGACGUUGUGCAAAAGUGGCAGACAGCCAAUGACAAAUGGCUUUAUUCUUAUGAGUUCUUCGACCACGAGUACGUUACUCCUCUUCGUUUUGAGAUUACCUUGCCUGUGGAGCUCCCUCGACCUCGUGACAUCAACGUCUAUCCCCAAGAAGGACUUACGUGGCAUGUCAAAUGCACCUCAAUCAAGAGGAUCUCUCAUGAAGAAUGCUUGGGUUUACCGGAUCACACAUCUAUCCUACUGGCGAUGCAUUUUGGCCACCGUUGGAACGUGGAGGACAAAGAACAUGUGAUCAAAUUCGCCUAUGAGAAUAGGGACCUUUCUCGGGAUCGAAUUGGAUCAAUACCUUUCAGCGAAAGCAUUGAUGCUGUAUUGGAACAGAGAGUUCUUGUUCGUGACCCUAGAAAGACCCCUUUCCACUACGUCCGGACGAUCCCUUCAAAACCGCUUAAAGAGCAAGUCCAGCAUCCGUUUUCGGGAUAUGAAGAUGCGCCAGAAGAAAAAUAUCUUGUUGUACAGCAAUGGACGCGCAGGUCGGACCUAUUGCAUGACUUAUUAUCGGGCUCGGCCAAGAGCGUCUGUACCAAACCUUACCGCUGGGUUCUCCCUAUCUCCCAAGCAACUGUCGACGAGGUUCCUCGCCGUGCCGCUAAGUGCGGUAUGCUUAUUCCUUGCAUCAUUCAUGAGUUGGAGGUUCAGCUCAUCGCAUCGGAGUUGUCCUCGACACUUUUGGCGCCAGUUGGUAUCACGGAUUUGCAGUUGGUAGUCGAAGCCAUUAGCUCACGUAGCGCCGCGGAGCCCGUUGACUAUGAACGUCUUGAAUUCUUGGGUGAUUCAAUUUUGAAGUUUUUCACUGUUACUCAGGCGUACUCUGAGCACCCCUUUUGGCCGGAAGGCCUCCUCAAUCAUUUCAAAGACCGACUAGUCUCCAAUACCCGAUUGACUCGUAUGUGCCUCGAGACGGGACUAUCGAAAUUCAUUCUAACCAAGGUGUACACUGGGAUGAAAUGGCGACCGCUGUAUCGGGACGACUUUCUGGACGUGAAGCCAGCCGAAGACGCAUCAAGAUUUAUUGGCCCCAAGGUUCUUGCUGAUGUGGUCGAGGCACUUGUUGGAGCCUCUUACCAGGAUGGAGGAAUGAACAAAGCUCUAGCGUGCAUCAAAGUCUUCUUGGGCUCCAAGUGUAACUGGCAUAAUGACGGAGUCGCCAGGGACAUAUUAUUCCGACUAGCACCUAGCGACGUACAGCUACCCCCCACGAUGGAGCCUUUGGAGGAACUAAUUGGGUACACAUUUGAGAAGAAGUCUCUACUCAUCGAGGCCAUGACUCACGGAUCUUAUGCAGCUGAUACGCAGGAGCGAUCUUAUGAACAACUCGAAUUCCUUGGAGAUGCGGUUUUGGACUAUAUCGUCGUAACUCGCAUGUACCAGUUUAACCCACCGGUACCCAAUGGACGCCUGCACAUGAUCAAGACCGCCAUGGCUAAUGCUGAGUUUCUCGCUUUCACAAACAUGCAAUAUGGAUUGCGUCGACCCGAAAUUGAAUUCGUCGACGGUGAACCAGUGUCCACAGAAGUCUUUCUUCCGAUUUGGAAAUUCAUGCGCCACAGCUCUCAAGAAAUGGGCAGAAUUAUGAACGAGACCCAAGCAAGAUUUGAGAGUCUUCAAGAUGAAAUCAAUGCGGCUAGAUUGAAUGGUGCAACCUACCCCUGGACACUGCUCGCACGUCUUCAUCCCAAGAAAUUCUACUCCGAUCUUAUAGAAGCUGUUCUGGGUGCCAUUUGGGUCGAUUCAGGAAACAUGGAAACAUGCGCAGCCUUUCUUCACAAGUUUGGCAUCUUGCCGUAUCUCGACCGAAUUCUCAAUCAGAAUAUUCAUGUGCAACAUCCCAAAGAAGAACUCACCAGACUAGCAGUUGACAAGAAAAUGGUCUAUGAUUAUACCCCGGUAGAUGGACCUAUCAAGGAGUACCUCUGUACGGUCACGGUUGGAGACCGUGCCGUGGGAGUCGUGUCAGGGGCACUCAAUAAAAUUGAGGCCAUGACCAAGGCUGCCGAAGAGGGCGUAAACCUUUUGAAGGCGGAGCAGAGACGGGCAGAGCAAGCGGCGCAUGAUGAGGUGGAGAAAUUUCUUGUCGCCAUGGAUCUUUCUUAG